ACCGAGCAUCUCUAUGUCAGUAACGCCAGAGCAGCUCAUGAUCCCUCCCAGGUGACUCGGUGCAAAAUAACCUGCAUCAUUAACGUCACUGAGACCAAGAGCCGCUACCCUCCUCCUGCCGGUGUGGAGUACAUCCACAUCCCGCUCUCUGACUCCCCGAUGUCUCCUCUCUGCGAGCACUUUGACGAGGUGGCGGAUAAAAUCCAGCUGACUGCGGAGCGCGGUGGCCGCACUUUGGUGCACUGUAACGCGGGCGUGAGCCGCUCCGCCGCCCUGUGCAUGGUCUACCUGAUGAAGCACCGCGGAGCGACUCUCCUGCAGGCCCACGGGUGGGUGAGGACCAGUCGACCCGUGGUGAGACCGAAUAAUGGCUUCUGGAAACAGCUGAUCCGGUAUGAGAUGGAGCGUUAUGGGUGCACUUCUGUCCAAAUGGUGUCGUCGUCCAUGGGAGAGGUGCCAGACAUUUACGAAGUGGAGGCCAGAAAUAUGGUGCCACUGUGAAGGAGCCACUGCUCUGCUCUGCUCUGUGGGGACAUUACUUAACAGAAUG